GUGACGUCACAUCUCCAGUGAAGUGUACACAAGGUCUUGCAGUGCAGGGAGAAGAUACAGACUCCAUGGUGACUGAGCCAGGACCCCAGCACUGCUGCCCAGAGCCUGGACUGGAGGAGUGAAGGGUACAAGACUCUCACAGAUGAAGUCUUUUUUGUAAGACAAUGAUCCUUUCCACCAGUGACCAACCAUGGAUGGAGAAGGACACAAACUUGAUGGCUUCAAGAAUAUUGGACCUCGCCCUUGAGAUCAUCCACUUGAUAACUGGAGAGGAUUACACCGUAGUGAAGAAGUCAUCUGAGUGUGUGACACCUCAUGUGUCAGGAGGACCGAGCAGGACCCAGAGCCCCAUCACCAAGCCUCCACCUCAUUCACUGAUGCAUGAGCAGAAGAUCCUAGAACUUACCAACAGGAUCACUGACCUGCUGAGCGGAGAGUUUCCUAUAAGGUGUCAGGAUGUCGCUGUAUAUUUCUCCCUCAAGGAGUGGGAGUAUUUAGAAGGACACAAGGAUAUGUACAAGAACGUCAUGAUGGAGAAUCAUCAGCGCCUCACAUCACCAGAUGGAUCCAGUCGGAGAAAUCCACCAGAAACAUGUCCCAGUCGUCUAUAUUCCCAGGAGUAUCCAAACAAAAAAACAAAUGUUGCAUUGGAUCAUCAUGAACUUAAGGUGGAGAAUCACCAGCUCUUCAUAUCACCAGAUGGAUCCAGUCAUAUAAAUCUACCAGAGAGAUGUCCUAGUCUUCUGUAUUUCAAGGAUUGUCUAGAGGAGAAGCAGAAUGUCCCACUGGAUCAUCAGGAAAGUGAUGGAAGUGGAAGGUUGAGUGGCCUGGAGAACCCCACAUCAGUGUCGGUGACUGGUGAUGACGGUACAAGAGCCUCCGAUGGGCAUUUUUUAUCUCCCAGUUGUGAAGUAGAAGAAAAUCAAUCACACACUGGCAAAAAUCAACUGGCUGAAAUGUUUGCUUGUUCUGAAUGUGGAAAACAUUUUAAAGAAAAAUCUCAUCUUUUCACGCAUGAGAGAAUUCACAAAGCUGAACGUCCAUUUUCGUGUUUAGAAUGUGAGAAAUCUUUUACUUGGAAAUCAAGCCUUAUGCAUCAUCUAAGAAGUCACACAGGGGAGAAGCCAUUUUCAUGUUCAGAAUGUGGAAAGUGCUUUACAACUCACUCAAAUCUUCUUAUGCAUCAAAGAUUGCACACAGGAAAGCAGCUAUAUUCAUGUUCUGAAUGUGGAAAAUCCUUCACAGCGAUAUCAAAUUUUCUUAAACAUCAGAGAAGUCACACAGGAGAGAAGCCGUUUUCGUGCUCAGAAUGUGGGAAAUGUUUUGCCUAUAACUCAAGUCUUGCUGAACAUCAGAGAAUUCACACAGGGGAGAAGCCAUAUUCAUGUUUAAACUGUGGAAAAUGCUUUACAACUCAAUCAAAUCUUCUUAGACAUCAGAGAACUUACACGGGAGAGAAGCCAUUUUCAUGUCCUGAAUGUAAAAAGUGUUUUAGUCAGAAAUCAAAUCUUAAUAAACAUCUAAGAAGCCACACAGGAGAUAAACCAUUAUCAUGCUCAGAAUGUGGAAAAUGUUAUACUCAGAAAUCAGAUCUUGUUAAACAUCUAAGAACUCACACAGGAGAGAAGCCAUAUUCAUGUCCUGAAUGUGGGAAAUGUUUUAGUCAGAAGUCGCGUCUUACGGAGCAUCUGAGAACUCACACAGGAGAAAAGCCGUAUUCAUGUUCUGAAUGCGGGAAUUGUUUUAGUCAGAAGUCACGUCUUACGGAGCAUCUAAGAAUUCACACAGGGGAGAGGCCAUUUUUAUGUCCUAAAUGUGGGAAGUGUUUUAGUCAGAAAUCAUGUCUUAGGAAUCAUGUAAGAACUCACGCAGUUGAGAAGCCAUAUUCAUGUUCAGAAUGUGGAAGAUGUUUUGCCCAAAGGACAACUCUUGUAUAUCAUCUAAAAACUCAGAGGGGAGAAGCCAUUUUCAUGUCCUGAAUGUGAAAAAUGUUAUAGUCAUAAAUCGCAUCUUAUGGACCAUCUAAGAACUCACACGUCGGGGCAUAGCGAGUUCCUGCUCUGAAUCUUUCACAUAUCUCCUGCAUCCUGCUGCUCACCACCACCACUUAGGCUCCAACGGUUUACCCUGAUUCCUUCUUACCUCAGGCACCAGUUAUGACUCAAAAAGAAAAGUAAGGAGCAAGGGCAAGAGAAGGAGUCAUGGGUGGAGGGCCCAUUCAAGCCUCUGCAACCAGUGGUAUGGUCUGGGGCUGACGAAACAGCUAAGCUGGCUGCUGGACUUUGCAAUUUGCACGAACAGCGAGCCAGGACUUGGGAUCUUCCACGGCUGGAGAAGAUUGGUUUGAUUUUGGUGAUAAUCAGGCUGAUUGACUUCUAGAACAGCCCAUUGAUAAAACAAGAUGUCCGCCCGACUAUCUGAACAGGAUCCUGAAAAUGCAGCCCAGCAGGGAAACAACCCAUGAGCCUUUCAAUACCACUAGUGAAACUCGCCCUUUAUCACGUCCUGGUAUUGUAAGUGACCCACAAUUUGAAGGAUGUGUUUGCAGCUGUCGAUCAGUGUAACACUGCCUCCUCCUCAACAGCAAAUAUUGGGGUUAGCCUCUCUUUGCUAAAAGUACCAAGCAGACAGUUUAAACGCCCAUAAACUACUAUUUUAGAAACUACACUCUCAAAUUAUCCAAAAUGAUGUUAUAAGCAUUAACCCACCUAUGUUGUCUUCCAUGGAUGUCCCGGCAUUUCUGAGCUCACAGGUGUUCUUUUUACCAAAAUGUAAUAAACCGUUUAUUUGGC